GUUAGCUUACCCAAAUCCCACCGUGUGUCAUCAGCCAGGCUGGGGAUGGGGAGGGCAGGGUGAGACCCUCAGAGGCUGCUGACAUUUCUAGACCGCCAGGAAGUCCCGGGAAGUCGGUGGGAAUUGAAAGUUCCUUAACUACAGCCGUUGGGGGGGGGAAAGGAGGGCCCGACCCGUUCUCAUCCCCCUCCAGCAUGGUGAGCGGCGGGGCGGCUCGUGCGCAUCCGGGCUGCGCUCGGGCGAGCCGGGCCAGGCACAGCCAGGCUGCCUGAGCUCCAGCCCGCGGCCGGUGCCCCCCCCCCUCGCUCCAUGCGCUGCUGCAGAAGCCACCACGGCAGCCGCCGCCGACAUGAGCUGCAGAGAGGGGGCUGACAGCAGCUGCGGCUGCGGUGGGCGCGACGACAACAGGAUCCUCAAGUGCGUGGUGGUCGGGGACGGCGCGGUGGGCAAGACCUGCCUGCUGAUGAGCUACGCCAACGACGCUUUCCCGGAGGAGUACGUGCCCACCGUGUUUGACCACUAUGCAGUAACCGUGACGGUGGGGGGCAAGCAGCACUUGCUCGGACUGUACGACACCGCGGGACAGGAGGACUACAACCAGCUGCGGCCUCUCUCCUACCCCAACACCGACGUGUUCCUCAUCUGCUUCUCCGUUGUAAACCCUGCCUCCUAUCACAACGUUCAGGAGGAGUGGGUUCCGGAGCUGAAGGACUGCAUGCCCCACGUGCCUUACGUCCUCAUUGGGACCCAGAUUGACCUCCGCGAUGACCCUAAGACCUUGGCACGCCUGCUGUACAUGAAGGAGAAGCCCCUCACCUACGAGCACGGCGUGAAGCUGGCGAAAGCGAUCGGGGCACAGUGCUACUUGGAAUGUUCGGCGCUGACUCAGAAGGGUCUCAAAGCAGUUUUCGAUGAGGCUAUCCUCACUAUUUUCCACCCCAAGAAAAAAAAGAAAGGCUGCCACGGCUGCUGUGCCAUCAUCUGACGUCACCGGAGACCCAGCUCCCCGCCAUGCCAAGGCCCGUCCCGGUACCCUUCCCGGCCUCACGGCUCAGCUGCCUGUCCACGCUGCCACAUCACUCUCAGGCCGGCCAGACCAUCCACACUGCGAGGGGAAUGCGCAGACAGUUCGCUGGCGAGGUGCGGAGGGCCAAGCCACCAUCCGCCCUGUUCUGCAUUCACCUCUCCCCACCCCCUACCUUUUUGAACCAACAGGAAGUCAUGGCGGGGAAAACCAAGCACUGCAUCCUGCUCCUGUGGCCUUAGUUCUUGUCUUCACCAAACUCGGGAACACAACGCCAGCAUUUUUCUUUUUUCCGAGUCUGUUGUUUUACCCAAGUGUCUUAACGCUCGUUUCUGUUGCACUUUCCUGAUGUCCAGUCAGUUGAGCCUCACAAAUCUGUAUCGAAGUCGUUGAAGGACGAGCUGGAUUACACUCAUGCCUACUGACAAUGGAUCUCUACCAACGUUCUUAGAGCCGUCAUGUACCUCUGAACGCCUAAUUACAACUUUUAUAAACUCACAGACCUAUACUUUUUUUAAAAAAAAAAACCUCUUUUUUAAAAAGAAAACACCCUGUGAAUUUUUACAGCGCCCCCAGUUUGGCCAAAGAUUUCUCUCACAAACGCUUCAGGUGAUAGGGGGGACAGUUCUUGCAACAUUCUGCUGCCUUUCAAACUAAAAAGUGAACCGUCUUUGAAGAAACAGCUUUCUGCUUUUCACCUGAACUGAUCAGGACAACAAUAUUGCAAAAGCCAUCUUCCGGUUCCAGGGGAGCGGGG